AAGUCAUGAUUCAGCAUGGGAGAGAAACCCCUCCAACCAUGUGUUAGGUUUCAUUUUCCCCUCCUCCUCCUCCUCCCUAUAAAAAGCUCCAGCCCCAAACACAAGCCAUUCAUCAGCUGGGCUCAAGCAGUGACACAACAUGUAUCUGAUUCUCAUUAUCGUAUCUUUGGCUUUUGAAGCCCAAGCCUCUGAUAUCAGCUCCCAUGGGACAACCACAGUUAUGUAUGGUGAAGAGGCGAGGUUCACCUGUACGCUCGCAGACCCCACAGGUGUGUUGCAAGUUACCUGGCAGCGGGGCCUGAAACCGGAGCUGUUGGAAAACCUGGCAACGUACAGCAAGCGUUUUGGGGAGCAAAUAAAUUCGCCUUUUGCAAAAAAGGUGAGCUUCAACGAGUCGUCUCUAAGCUCCUCCUCCAUCGUGCUGAAGAAUGUGACGUGGGAGGACGAGAACUGCUACGUUUGCUCCUUCAACGCCUAUCCCGAAGGCUCCAAAAGGAAGCAGAUCUGCCUCAAGGUGGAAGGAAUUGUGAGCACGCUUGUCUCCACAAGCAAUUCUACCACGAAAAGCGGGCAGAAGGUGCUCAGCUGCUCGGCCACGGGGAAACCUGCACCCACGGUGGACUGGGACAUCCCGCCCAACAUCACCAGAGUCCUCCAACCGACAGCUGAAGUCAGCCACAGCAACGGGACGUUCACCAGCAGUAGCAGCAUCACAGUGGAUAAAGACUGGACAGGACGUGUGGAAUGUGUGCUGAACAAAGGAAAGAAUGGAGAGCGGCGGGAAGAAUUAAUUCUCCCUGCCCAGCCGGAACCAGGCCCAGUGGAAGGGAAGCGGUCACAGAUGGCUCUGAUCAUCUCAGCGCUAUCGAUCCUCAUCUGUGUCAUCGCUGUGGCAACAGUAGUCAUCCACAAGAGAUUAAAGAAGAGCGCCGACAGGUUCACUGCAGUUUGAUCCACUUUUAAAGGCAGCAGAGCAUCCAAGCAUUACAACGACCUCUGAGGCUGCUGCACCGGUGACGUGAAUAAGCUAAAGCCAGACGCUUCACUGGCUUUCUGGACGACAAAUCCACUGAAUUUAAUAGGGGACAGAUCACAUUUCUCUCAAACUGCAGCACUUUGCACUUUAAUACUGAGCUUUGCCGGCGGGCUUUGUUGAAUGUACCAACCACUGAGGAACCCCAGCAGUGUCAGAAAUAACAGGAGCUGUUAAGUAGGUGUUGUGCAAUAGUCCAACAACAAGCUGACGUCCUGACUGCGAAUUGAGCCUGUGGCGCCAUCUGGUGGCCACGUGUGUGAAUAUGUUUCGUUUCAGCACAAACUGUCCUGAGAACUAUUACCUCACUUACAAAAGCCUUCAUGAGGAGUUUGUUUCCCUCCUAAUAUAUAGAAAUUAUUUUUCCAUGUUGCUUGAAUGAUUGGUUGCAGUUUGGCUCUCUUCUUGCAGUUUGCACGUCUUUGUUGUGGUUUAAAUGUUAUUUAUUGCUUGCACAGAAAAUGCAAAACUAACUUAUACAAUUUUUGUUUCUUUUUUCAAUCUUUAUUGUUUAAAUGUGCCAUUUUACUUCAGUUCAUUUUCCCCAGGAUUACUUGUUAAGGAUUUUUUUUUUCCAAUGUGUUGUUAAAGAUUAUUUAUUUUCACAUUUAUUUAAUGUUGUUUUGUUAAAUAAAAAUGUUCAGGCACCACGAGUUGCCUAAAUUGUGAUUAAAAGUCCUUUUCCUUCUU